AUGGCAGAGGCAUUGAGCAGUAGCCACUCUUCGGGUGGUAAGGGCUUGAUAAGACGGCUUUCCAACCGUGCCUCCAAGUUUGCUAGCAGGACUCGGCGGCAGUCGGCAGCAACACCUAUGAACCGGGAGGGGAGCGUAGGUCCGGGCGUUAUCAGACGAAGAAGUGAUAGCACGAACACAGCACCCGCCGCGGAUAAUGUUCUGCUAACGGAUUCCGACGAGGAAUACCAUGAUGAGUUCUACGAGCACAAUUCUAUAUUCGGCGCUGAGAGCAUGGCACGAGACUUUUCUUCAGGUAGCGGUGCCCCGUCAUUAUCGGGAUCUAUAUCGAUUGCGGACGUGCCUACCGGCCCAGUUAUCCCUAUGGCUCUAGUCAAGGGAACCCAUCUACUUAAGGUAUCCAAGAAGAACAAGGUUAAGCGCUUGCUCUUCGUACUCCAAGCAGACGCCGGCAAGGUUACUUGGUGGAAGGGCCGUUCUACUAAGAUAGGAUCCGACAUCCGCCAGUAUCGCAUCGACUAUGGUGUUCCCGAGAACGACGAGGGGCGCUUCUUCACCAUCUUCUACACCGUUGCUGACAAGUCCAGGAGCAAGACAAUGCACUUAAUUGCGGAGGAUGAGGAAACAUUCGCACACUGGGUCAAUGCUUUAGAUUCUAUAGCGAAGCAUCGGGAGGUGCACAUGGCCUCACUAAUGGCGUUCAACGACAGUGCUAUCCGAGCGUAUUGGAACGGCGAGAUGACGAAACAGUUCGAAAACAGGGAACACUCCCCCUCCCAGGAAGAAAUGGAUUUCCCCGGCGUUGAACGAGUUUGCCGCAACCUUCACAUUCACAUGGCUCGGAGCGAGCUACUGGCCAAAUUCGCUAUUGCCGACACUACCAGGUCUGGUCGGCUAAAUUUCUCUGAAUUCAAACUCUUCGUUCGCGAGAUGAAAAGGAGGGAAGACAUUCGUCUUCUAUACAUCAGACUCGCCUCGAAUUCGGAGAGGGGUAUCACUCUGUCAGAAUUCAUGCAGUUCCUGCGAGACGAACAAGGCGAAGAUGUUGAUAACAACCCCAGCCAGUGGGAAGCAAAAUUCAUUCGUUACGCUAUUCGUGGCAGUAAACACAGAACAGACUUUGGUUUAUUGCAACGCUUGGACAAGGACUCGAUUGCUAUGAGCGAACAAGGGCUUGUAGCUUAUCUUACAUCGAAAGAUAACUUCCCACUUGUGCGCGCACCGACUGAGUACACACUUGACCGACCCGUCAACGAAUAUUUCAUAUCCAGUUCGCAUAACACCUACCUAGUCGGUCGUCAAGUCGCAGAUAUUGCCUCUAUUGAGGGCUACAUUUCAACCCUUGUCCGAGGCUGUCGUAGUGUGGAAAUUGACUGCUGGGAUGGUUCUGACAACGAGCCCGUCGUUAAGCACGGCUAUGCGAUGACCAACGCCAUCUCCUUCCGCGAGGUAAUCAAUACUAUCAACAAAUACGCCUUUGUCGCAAGUCCUUACCCCCUAUGGGUUUCGCUCGAGGUUCACUGCAACGCCCCGCAACAGGAAGUCAUGGCCAGCAUCAUGAAAGAAAUCUUCGGAAGCCGUCUGGUCACUGAGUCACUCGACCCGUCCGCGACUAAACUCCCAAGCCCCACAGAUUUGAAGAAUCGAAUUUUAAUCAAGGUGAAAGGGACGCAUCAAAAUCCUGAGCCCCAACGCAACCCCAGUGAGCAUGCGACAGGUCGUCGACGUGGCAACAGCCUGACUUCCCCUUUCUCAAAGCCCGUAGCCAACGACAGUGUACCCAUUCCCAAUCAGUUCUUGUCAAGCCCACUACUUGGUCCUGCCGCCCAAACUGCUCGACGCAACGCCGCACCAAAGCGUGUAGACACUAUCAACGAAGGUGAGGUGCACGACACUGUUAGUAGCAGCACGAGUGAAUGUGAUAGCGAGGAGGAGAAGCGAGGAAAGCGUAGGACCAGCAAGAUUGUUAAGAACUUGGGCGAACUCGGUGUCUAUUGCAGUGGAGUCAAAUUCCACGGCUUCGAAUCAGCGGACUGCAAGAAGAGCAACCAUAUCCUGUCCUUUAUGGAAGGUACAUUCAGGAAGCACUCCAAAGCACCGGACUCGAAGUUGGCCUUGGCCCGUCACAACAUGCGUUACAUGAUGCGCGUUUAUCCUCAAUACUCUCGCCUCGCUUCGGACAACUUCAACCCUCUGAUGUAUUGGCGAAGGGGUGUACAGAUGGCUGCGCUCAACUGGCAGACUUUUGACCUUGGUAUGCAAUUGAACCAAGCCAUGUUCGAUGGAAACACCGAUGUAUCCGGAUAUGUCCUUAAGCCCGAAUCGAUGCGCGAGAUACGCAUUCUUCACGACGGCCUACCUGUGGAAGCUAUUGGUAAAUUGGAACGCCAGAACAUGUCAUUUGACAUCAACAUCAUUUCGGCGCAGCAACUUAUCCGUCCGUCGUCCUUGCCUUCCAGUCGCACUCUUGACCCGUACGUAGAGGUCGAGAUCUUCCACACGAACGACAAGCGCGAUAAGCACGACAGCAUGGCCGGAAUCCCCGUCCUUACGGAUACUCCACUUAAGACAUCCACGUCAGUCGUCAGGGAGAACGGCUUCAACCCAGUCUUUAACCACAAGGCUCACUUCAACGUCACGACUAAACACCCCGAAUUAGUCUUCGUCAGGUUCAGCAUCAAACUUUCUAAUGAUGGCGAGAAUUCUUCUGGGCGAAACGCUACGAUUGCGACUUACAUGGCCAAGCUUAGCGCCCUAAAGCAAGGCUAUCGAACCUUGCCAUUGCUGGAUUCCAAUGGCGACCAGUAUCUUUUCUCGACUCUAUUUUGUCACAUCAAAGUCGACCCUACGACCAGCGUUUACGUGCCUAAGCCACUCCAGACCAACGGCGGCGAGGCCGCUGUAAGCAGCAAAAUCAAACACAUUGGUCGGAAUGUGUUCAAUCGGUCCUCGGCCAAUAGUACUAAGUCGAGCUUCGACAAGAGCAGCGUGGACGGCUCUGAUACUUCACAACAGCCCUUAUUUUGA